AUAGUGUUUGCCUAACUGAUGAGCGGGUCAGACACCGAUGAGGGUAGAGUUGACGAUGUGAGACUAACACGUUCGAGAUCACUUAAAGUCCCGCACGUGUUCCAGACCUUACAACCGGAAGACGAAAGACGGCUUUGUGCCGAACGUAGAGCCCGUGCUCUGGCAGCAGCCAAGGAGGCAGCAAACGCAGCAGCUAGAGAACAGGCAGCAGCAGCCAGAGCAGGAGCAAUGGCUAACGGCGCAGCCUCUGUUGCGUCCUCGUCUAGGACUCGGUUGGGAAUGCCAUCUGGGCCCACGAGUACUUCCGGGUCAGUAGGUUCUAGUCAGUCCACAAGUCAAAUGGCAGGCUCGCAGUUAAGCCCGUUGACCCCACGCGAUAGGGAGCUCCUAGAGCUCCGACAGGUCGAAAGGAUCCGCGAGCGGUUAGAGAGGGAACUGAAACAAGCUACCGACAGAGAAAAGGAGAUUAAAAAUAGAACAGCCAGGCUUGAUACGUUAGAGGCAGACAAAGCUGCGCUAGAGGGUUUGGAUGAGUCAGCCAUGUCUGACCGAAUGAAAGUAUUGAAGAACAGUGUACUGUCGCUGCAUGCGCAUGUGGACAGCAGACUGGACUUCAUGCAGAACUCUUUGGACCAGAUCUUGGACCUUUUGCAAAGGCCAGGAUUUAGGCCAGCAGCGCAGUCGCCGUUGUCGUUAACGGCGAUGUCAGGCCCCUUUCCGGUGCAAGUUGGCACACAGCCAAGUGGUACGUCUGCAGCAGCCGCACAGACUGUUGCUUCUUCUUCUUCUGGUCCAGUGGCAGGUGCUACUCCACAGCCGCAACAAACUGUUCCACCACAGGGACAGCAGCAAGGUCAAUGGUACCCAAAGACCCCUAUGAAACCGCCUCUUGCCUUCUCCGGAGAGAAGAAGGACGAGGAACUCAACACAUGGUUGAGAACGGUUCCAGUGUGGGUAAGGGCAAAGAGGACUAUGCAGGAGGAGGAGGUGAUUACUGCUGCAUCUUACCUUGAGGGUAAGGCAGCCAAAUGGCUGGAUGGAUUAGUAGCAAAGGCCGGGUAUGGACGACGCAUGGCGGAUUGGGCUAAGACCCUAACGUUAGAAGAGUUUUUGGACAUGGUAGAAGCUCUCUGGCACAAUCCACAGCAGACACAGCUUGCCACUGAUGCGAUGCUCAGACUAGACCGGCGAAAGUUCAAGUCAGCCAGAGAGCUAACGACUACCGUCGAGAGCCUCAUCGUCGUUCCCGGCAUAGGCUACGAUGACCAGGUCUUAUUGACCAUGUUUGUGAGAUGUCUCCCAGAGAAUCUCAUAAAUUUGCUGGCCAGCGAGGCUCGCCUCGAGUAUCAUUCGUUUGAGACCUUAUCUAGAAAAGCCUUAGACUUAGAGGCUACUCUAGGAAGCGCUCAGCCUACUCCAGUUGACACGAGGAAGAAGAAGGGUCCACAGGAAUGGAAAAAGAAGGGGAGUAAAUUGAUGAUGGUUGAGUCCGAUGGGACUCAAACUGAGAUCGAAGAACUCACAGACCUGUUGGACAGUUCAGAGUACGACGGCGAGGAGAUCGUUGAGGGUAGCACCCUCGCCGCAGUAGUAAAGACUAAGGCGGGUGGCCGAGGGAAGGGCCAUCAAAAGAGUCAAGGGCAGGCCGCCUCCAAUCAGACCAAAGUUGUUGAUUGGGUCAAGGCAGGUCUUCAUCAAGAAGUGUGGCGGGACCGUAGAGKGCGUGGKGCUUGCAUCAACUGUGGUGAAUACGGACACACCCAGUACAAGUGCAAGAAUGCAAAGGUCACGUAGAAGAUACCUCCUAAGGUUGGGAUACCUUCUUCCCACGCGUCUAGCUCGGGAAACAUGUGAGGCCGGUGGAAGUUUUAGCUGCUUCUACUCAUGGUGAAGUGGGCCAGAUACCCUCCCCACUUCAUGAGCAG